AAACGUAAAGUUCUAAUGUCAAAAAGCGAGGGACAAAUAUUAGAAGGAACGCUUCUAAUUCCGAUCUCUAUUUCAUUAAAGCGCGAGCCCAAAUUUCUGGUUUCUUCUUUUCUUUUCUUCUUUAAACGUUUUUUGUUUGUUUGCUAAAAUCUUUGUAAAUUAUGCAUUCACUGAGGGUCCUCGUGGGCUGUGCAAUGCAACGCCAGGGAGUGCUGGGCCGCGCUGUGUCUUCGACAAAUCUUUGCCGCUUGGCCAGCAGCAAAUGGAGCAUACCGGAGCCCACCUUUGUGGUGGACGAUCCACGGGAUAUUGAGCUGUCGGAUGAAGAGAAAUCAGGUCCAUUUGUUCCCAAUUUUCCGUCGCUUCAGUGUCCCGAAUUGUUUUUUUUCCCACAAUUUGUGUCGCCGGCUCACCAUGACUACGAGCUGAUGGAUGAGCAGCUCCUUCAAAAGGGGAACGCUGUGAUGUGCCACAAUGGUCAGCGGCUAUGCAGUGACUUUGAGUUGAAGGUGCAACCGAUGCCCAAGCUGUUGAUCUCUUACUUGAAGUCCAUCUUCUACCGCAACUGCGAGGGCUUUCAGGGCUUCAGGGACUCCAUGGAAUUCACCACUAUCAGCCUGAAGUUCAAUUGCGACGUGGACCUGGCCAUCAAUACCUUUUUGGAGGUGGCAAUCAGAGAGGCGCACAGCAUCGCAGAGGCCAAUUACUGGGUGGACUUUGUGAAUCCGCAUACGGGUCGGGCUCAUUAUGCACCAGCAACUGCGGAACUCUCAAACUGUCAAAACUUUGGACUUGCAGGCCAGCACUGGAACUACGAGAAUGUCAAUGGCUGCACCAUUGUCAAGGACGGCUUCGAAAAAGAAUUUACGGGCACCAUUUACACCGAUGCCCCCGUAAAAAUCAUAAAAAAUUGGUGUUGCUCUGAGGAUGAACUUUGAGCUGAAAGAUCUGUAAAUGUUUUGCUAACCUGAGCCUGAUAGUUGAUUGUCAAAGCCCUCGAAGACCCAAAUGUAUUUGAAAUA